UAAAAUAAAUUGGCUUGUAUAAAACGGUUAAUGUUUCAAUUGCCUUAAUCAGUUCAAAUAGUGUUUGUUCCCGGGCAUCGAUAGGACGAUGUUUUGGUGGCUAUUAAUAGUAGUAUUGUCUUUGGCGUAUGCCUUAAAUAAAUUCAUUUUCGGCUAUUGGGAAAGAUUGAAAGUGCCGGGUCCCGCUCCUACAUUUAUCAUCGGAAACCUUGGACCUCUACUUUUUGGAAAAAAAACAUAUCAUGAGUUUUAUAGCGACAUAUACAAGAAUUGGUAUGGCUAUCCGUUUGUUGGAAUUUAUAAGUCCGGAUCACCAGCUUUGCUUGUCAGAGAUCCAGAUUUGUUAAAAGCGGUCACUGUGAAAAAUUUCAAGAAUUUCUACGACAAUGAUGUACAUCUUGACAAGAAGAACGACCCAAUAUUAGGCAGAAACAUAUUCUUCCUGAAAGGAGAAGAAUGGAAGCAAACCAGGGCAAUACUAACCCCUUGUUUCACAUCUGGCAAGAUGAAAACAUUAUUUCCUUUGGUUGACAAUGUGAGUAGGAGACUUGUAAAUUACAUCAACAAACAAAUCGAAGAGAAUAACCCCACUUUAGAACUAAAGGAAGUUUGCACUAAAACUACUCUGGAAAACGUUGCAAUUUCUGCUUUUGGGCUUGAGGCAAAAUGCUUUGAAGAUCCAAACGCUGAAUUUAAGCAAUUAGCCGACAAAUUUCUCACACCUGGAGGUUGGGAAGUAUAUAAAAUGAUGUUGGUAGCCACAUUUCCUUGGCUGUCCAAGUUCUUGUCUCUUAAAUUGGUUUCAAAAGAUAUUGAAACUCACCUGAUAUCUCUUGUCCAAGGAACAGUGGAGUACAGGGAAAAAAAUAAUGUUCAAAGAAACGACUUCCUUAAUACUCUAAUGCAGCUACGGCAAAACAACCCCAAUUUCAAAAUGAUUGAUGUGGUUGGUAAUGCUGCAACCUUUUUCGCAGAUGGUUAUGAAACUAGUUCUAUAGUUAUGAGUUUCGCACUCUUCGAAUUGGCACGCAACCAAGACGCGCAAGACAAAGUCAGAAAUGAAAUUAUAACAAAAAUUCAGGAGAAUAAUGGCGAAUUAACUUAUGAGUUAAUGAUGGAAAUGGAAUAUUUGGAUGAAUGUUUAAGUGAGUCACAGAGGAUGUAUCCUGCUCUAACAGUCCUUUCCAAAGUUUGCACAGAAAAGUUUACGUACCAAACAACCAAUACUAAAGACUUUAAUGGCUUGUCGGUCACUAUUGAACCGGGAACAAGCAUUUUGUUACCUUGGGGUUCUUUCUUCAAUGAUGAAAAAUACUUUCCGGAAAGUGAUAAGUUUAUUCCUGAAAGGUUUUUAAAGGAAAACAAUUCCUUGUCAGAUGUUUCCAGAGGACUUUUUAAACCUUUUGGUGAUGGACCAAGAAUUUGUAUAGGACAAAGGUUCGGGCAACUCCAAGUUAAACUGGCUAUGGUACAUAUUUUGAAGAAUUUUAAGAUAGUUUUUAAUAAAAAAACUAAAAUGCCCCUGAAGUUUGACCCCUAUUAUAUUAUGUUAUCCCCCAUUGAGGGACUCUGGGUAGACUUUGAAAAACUUUAGUUUGUUUCGUGUCCUUAAUACCAAAGUUGUUUCAUAAUCUUAUUAUAAUAACAUUUCCUUAUUAUUUGAUUUUUAAAUGUAAGUUUUCUUUAAAAAGCAUUAACAAAAGAAAAUGAUAACAACGAAUUUAGAAACACAACUAAAAAUAGUUAUACAUACAAAUUUGGUCUUCAUUUUAGAUUAAAAAUUGGAAAAUAGCAUCUCUAGUUUUGGCCAAUUUUUAUAAUACCAUUCAUUUUUAUAGAGUUUUCUAUUGGAUUAAGAACAGAGCAAUUUUUAACAAGUUUGGCAGAUUGUUUAAGGUUACAGAAAUAUAAGAAGGGAACAAUUUAUGAAAUUUAAAUUUGAGAAGCUGUACUUCCUUUAUGAGAUUUUCUUAAUUAAUGGAAGUAUUCUAACAGCUCCCAAAUUUUGGCCAUACAUUUUAGAAAAACCUUUUAUUAUAUAUUAUUAUAAAUUAUGUUCUAUUGUUCAAAAAAUGUCAAACAACAAUUCAAUAAAAAAUUGAUU